CAACUAUUCCAAUUUCCGAUGCCAUGUGAAGCAUGUUGUGAGACAUCUUAAAGCUCUAGUAACUGCUGUAAUGCCACCUAACGAAGGAUGACAAACAUUCAUUUUUCUUUAUAACAAUUUUCACAGUCAAGGUUUAUCUCUCCGAACAAUAGGUUCUCUAAAUAAUAUUUAAUCGCAAUGGCAGAAGAAACAUUCUUAGUGUUAGUGCUUUUGAGUUCAGUGAAUGCUUACCGAUAUUAUCCCGAAGAAUCUCCUAGACACAGUUUUAUCGAUAUCUAUAGCAAUGAUAGACACAUUGAAGAUGUUAUGAAGAUGAAUUUCCAGGAUAACCAUUCUCAUAGACGUCCACAUAUGAUUGAAAGAAUAUCUGACCAUAGUGGGGAGGGGAAUUCUGAUAUGGACACAAUCGAUUUCCAUUAUCCACGUGUUGAAUUCUUGACUAAAAAUCACGAGAAGAACGUCGACUUGGUAUAUGUACCGACUUCUUCAUUAGCUUCGUUACAAACCCUUCCCACAGUGGAUGGUGUUGAAUAUGCGGACAGAAAGAGGAAACCAAGGUUGAAAAUGAAAACUAACAACCAUUCUGUGCCCGAGUACGAACCAGUAACUUUAUCAUUUGUUCAGAAAAUUCCAAAACCUUUAGUACCGGAUACUAAUGAUAUCAAGGACACGAAAUAUGAAGAAUUAGCAACAGGUACCACAGAACAUAACUCAGACGACCAGAACACUGUUAAAGAAAGAAUACAUUUACUUCUGAACAAGUACUUGACAAAUCUAUAUUCCCAAAAGUUCAAUAAUUCCUACGAAGUUGCAGAUACAACUUUUACAGCCGACGAUGCAGAUGUUGAUGCAAAAACAAAUUAUUUAGAUAAAAGUUUAUUGUGGAGUCUGAAGAACAAAACGAUAAACAAGAUCAAUAGAUUUUUCAGCUUAUUCACAAUUCUACAGUUCAACAAUACCCAAUGUAAUGUCACCAAUUCAGCGGGAUCUUACUUGGGGAUCUGUUAUACAGCCUCAGAAUGUUCAAAUUUAGGAGGAACUGCCAUUGGCAAUUGUGCCAAUGGGUAUGGAGUUUGUUGUGUGUUUAUCGGCACCUGCGGCGGCUCGGCCCAGCAGAACUGCUCCUACUUCCAGAGCCCCAACUACCCCGACUUCUACCCCCCAGGGGGCGCCGUCAUCACCCCCACCACCGCUGUCCCGCCCGCCCCCACCGGCAACCCUUCGCCCACGCCCGACCCGCGGCUUCCCGCCUGGUACGACUUCCAAUACAGAGACGAGAUGGGCAGGCAGAGAGAUGAGAUGGGCAGGUAUAGAGAUGAUAUGGACAGCCAUAGAGAUGAGAUGGGCAGGCAUAGAGAUGAUAUGGGCAGGCAGAAUGAAGAAUUGGGGAGGCAGAAUGAUGAAGUGGGCAGGCAGAGCAACGAGUUGAGCAGGCAGAACGACGAACUGGGUAGGCAGAGUGACGAUUCGCUGUCGUGCGUGUUCAGGGUCUACAAGGUCAACAGUGACGUGAAGAGGAUGCGCAUUGACUUUCUGGAUUUGGAGCUUGCCAGCCCCACAAACGGAACUUGUACCACUGAGAGACUGGUGAUUUCUGGUCAAAAUACCAACGAUGUUAUAACAUCCAUUUGUGGUUACAAUACAGGAGAACACAUUUAUGUCGACGUUUCACAGGUGUUUGGCCCUCUUCAGCUCAUGGUACUUUCGAACGGGGUCUACCGUAAGAGGUUCCGUAUCCGUGUUUGUCAGUUUUCUGACCCUUGUUCGGAACCAACCAGCAAUUGUUUGCAGUACUACACCGGUGUCACUGGCAUUAUCUCUUCUUUAAAUUACAAUCAAGCUUCGAUGUUCAACAGAAGCGUUCCCGGAUAUUUUAAUAAUUUGAAUUAUGGAAUCUGCAUUCGGAGGGAGGCAGGAUACUGUUCGAUAACAUACACGAAUGUCAGGAAUGGGGUUGAGAGUCCCUUCCAAAUCCCUAAUGUUGAUAAUGAUGGCAUAGUUACUCUUCCUAGAGGCAUGGCAGGAGUUGAUUCUAUGGACUGUCCUAAUGAUUACAUAGUUAUUGCUGGUACCAGACUAUGUGGAUACCGAUUCAAUGACGGAACUGUGAAUGCAAAUUUGACAAUGAAUGCUGCUGUAACAGAUAGCAGCGCUGGACCCAUUGUGAUACCAGUCAGGACAAACUCUGCCCUCACAGGACUUGGUUUUAGACUAUAUUACACCCAAAAUCGUUGUUCUAAUUGAAUUGGAUUAUAACCCGGCCAUCAAUAUCUAAUAACAAAUAUUUAUUUCAAAAAUAUUAUAAUUCAGUAUUUUAAGUGUCUAUUAUUUAUUUCGAUUUAUUUGAUAAAUGCUA